AUGGCUACACUGAUGCUGGUGGACAGUGAGCAAGAUCAAGUCUUUGGUGCUAAUGAGCUCACAGGCUUAAGGAAAGAAAGUCCCAAGACUAGAAAAUCUCCGAGUACAGGGGCCGUCACUGGCCGGGAGCCCCAGUUGCGGACUCUAAGGCCCAUGGCCUUGCUAGCAGCCGCAUCAUCCUCUUCCUACCAGUCGCUCCAGCCAAAGGCUGGGAGUGGCCGGGACACUAAGGCAGGACCACCCCUGGGGCACUGGGACCCUGCUGAUGAAGCGUGUUUUGUGAGCACUAAGGGUUUCGCUAGCCGCCAGGCUCGAACCCGCGGCGGACGGAGGGUGGCAGCACGGGCCGGGCUCUGCGUCUCCAAACGAGACGUUAGUCCCACCUGCGGGGCCCAGGGCCCUCGAAUCACCCUCCGCGCUCCCAGAACAAACACGGAUCCAGACGCCGGACCUCCGGCGACUGACUCUCAGCGAGGCUUGAGCGCGCCCCCUAGCGGCGGGUGCCGUCCGAGAGCCGGGCCCGGAACGAAACUGUCGGGCGGAACCCAGAGUGCGCGCUCGGAGUUUCCAGGGAAGAGGACGGGGAAGGACCUGCGCGCGGAGGUUCCUACCGUCGCGGAGCAGGCAAUGGCGCUGGUGGUCCGGGGGCUGCGGCUCUGGCGGGCCGCCCCAAGCGGCGGGGCUGCUUGGAGGUCUGUGGCCACAUCACCUGCUUCUCAGCUGUCACCGACCGAACUGAUAGAAAUGCAGAAUGAUCUCUUUAACAAAGAGAAAAACAGGCAGCUGUCACUCACUCCCCGAACUGAGAAGAUCGAAGUGAAGCACGUUGGGAAAACUGACCCUGGCACUAUCUUUGUGUUGAAUAAAAACGUUUCUACUCCUUAUAGCUGUGCCAUGCAUUUAAGUGAGUGGUACUGCAGGAAGUCUAUUCUGGCUCUUGUGGACGGACAGCCUUGGGACAUGUAUAAACCUUUGACCAAGUCCUGUGAAAUUAAAUUUCUUACUUUCAAAGAUGAUGAUCCAGGAGAAGUCAAUAAGGCUUAUUGGCGUUCUUGUGCCAUGAUAAUGGGCUGUGUGAUAGAGAGGGCAUUCAAAGAUGAAUAUGUGGUCCGUUUGGUCAGAGCCCCAGAAGUUCCAGUAAUCGCUGGAGCCUUCUGCUAUGACGUCGUUUUGGAUAAGAGACUUGAUGAGUGGAUGCCAACAAAAGAGAACCUGCGUUCUUUCACAAAAGAUGCUCGUGCUUUAAUUUAUAAAGAUCUUCCAUUUGAAACCCUGGAAGUUGAAGCAAAAGUGGCAUUAGAAAUAUUUCAGCACAAUAAGUACAAAGUAGAUUUCAUAGAAGAGAAGGCAUCUCAGAACCCUGAGAGAAUAGUCAAGCUACAUAGAUUUGGUGACUUCAUUGAUGUGAGUGAGGGCCCUCUUAUUCCAAGAACAAGUAUUUGUUUCCAGUAUGAAGUGUCAGCGGUUCACAAUCUGCAAGCCACCCAGUCGAGUCUUGUACGAAGAUUCCAGGGUCUCUCUCUACCUGCGCACUUAAGAGCACAUUUUACAAUAUGGAAUAAAUUAUUGGAAAGGUCUCGGAAAAUGGUAACUGAAGAUCAAACUAAACCUACCGAGAAGAGUGCAUCUACCUAG